GCUUCCCACUGGGAGGUCUAGUGAAAACUGUACCCUCUCCACAUGACCCGAUCCACAAAGCUCGAAACAUGACUGCAUCAUAGCAAGAGAAGCUGCGCUCAUCCAGAUAUUGUUAUGGAUCCGCAGAAGGCAUGGGAGGUCGAGAAUGCCGUGAAGCUGGUGGACGUCAACCGCGACGCACUUUACAAAUAUGACACGGCAAACGCAAAGAAGAUCAAUGAGGCGCGACCAUGGCGAAGCGAUCCGAAUCACUUCAAGUACGUACGCAUAUCUGCCGUUGCACUGGUUAAGAUGGUGAUGCAUGCACGGUCGGGAGGUGAUCUCGAGGUGAUGGGCUUAAUGCUGGGUUACGUGGAGCACGAGACUUUCAUCAUUACAGACGCUAUGCGGUUGCCUGUGGAAGGCACAGAGACAAGAGUGAACGCGCAGUCAGAGGCCGACGAAUACAUGGUUAGCUUUCUAGAGCGAUCGCGGCAAGCUGGACAGCUAGAGAAUGCAGUCGGGUGGUACCACAGUCAUCCUGGGUACGGCUGUUGGCUGUCAGGCAUCGAUGUGUCCACGCAAGCAACCCAGCAAAUGACCGAUCCGUUUCUAGCCGUGGUCAUUGACCCGCACCGAACCAUCAGCGCAGGCAAAGUCGAGAUUGGCGCCUUCAGAACCUAUCCGGAAGGAUUCAAGCCUGAAGACUCCGGGUCAUCUGCUCAGGGUAUGGCAGCCGUACCGAUGGCCAAGGCCGCUGAUUUCGGCGCGCAUGCAAACAAGUACUACUCACUCGAGGUUGCUUUCUACAAGUCGACGCUUGACAGCAAACUACUUGAAGCUUUGUGGAACAAAUACUGGGUGCAGACGCUGUCAUCGUCGCCACUAUUUACUAAUAAGGAGUAUGUCACUGCACAAAUCGCGGACGUCGCCGCGAAGACGAAGCUGGUGCAAGAUACCGUUAAGAGAGACGCAAACCUCCCGCCUAUGGGACCAAGGACCAAAGGUCGCGACGAUCAGAUGAGCAAGAUCGUCAAGGCCGCAGAGAAGAUUGCAAGCGAGGAGAAGAUGGGGCUGAUGGCUGCUAUGGUGAAGGAGAAGGUGUUCGCUGCGGGCGCGGCAACUGUCGACGACGCUGCGAAUGCUGUCCAGACUAACGGUGGCGACACGCAUAUGGCGGAGUAAGGAUGCGAAGGGUGCAUAGGAGCAACUCGGAGUUCACGUGCGCAAGGCGUUUCAAUGGUCGUUCUCACGUGCGAUCCGCUUCGUCGGAAGGCUUUGCAUAAAGCGGCGCUGGGGCGGAAAGCUUGGUCAUCGAAGCACGUUUCGGCUGUUCGUGGAGUCGCGCAUUGCACGGCGUUGGAGGCGCACAUUCAGCACAGAGCGCGCUUUGAAGUAGCAGGAAAGUAGAGCAUGACGUCGCAUCCAGUCUUUGUAUCUGAGGUGUACAGUUAGAGAUACCGCUUUCGCUUGUGCGUUGUUCUCACAACGUUCAUACCCCGCU